GAGAGGUGGCCGGCAAGUUAAAGGGAGAAGCGCGGCGGCGGGGAGCCCGAGUCUCGGGUGAUGGGCCGCAGGGAGGAGGCGAGCGGGCUGCUUUGGGGCAUGAACGGAUGCGGCUGCCCGCGCAGGGCGCGGACCUGAGCCCCGGCCCCCGCCAGCCCCGUGCGGAUGCUGCCGCGGGCUUGGCGCCUCUGCACCUCGGGGCUUAUGAGUUGUACCAGGGUCCUAGCCUAUUCAUCUAACCCAAUGAUGGCCGUGGACAUCGAGUGCAGAUACAGCUGCAUGGCCCCUUCCUUGCGCAGAGAGAGGUGCGCCUUCCAGAUCUCCCCAAAGCCCAGCAAACCUCUGAGGCCUUGUAUUCAGCUGAGCAGCAAGAAUGAAGCCAGUGGAAUGGUGGCCCCCGCCGUCCAGGAGAAAAAGGUGAAGAAGCGAGUAUCCUUCGCAGACACCCAGGGCCUGGCCCUGACAAUGGUCAAAGUGUUCUCAGAAUUCGAUGACCCGUUAGAUAUUCCGUUUAACAUCACUGAACUCCUAGACAACAUCGUGAAUUUGACGACAGCAGAGAGCGAGAGCUUUGUUCUGGAUUUUUCACAGCCCUCGGCCGAUUACUUAGACUUUAGAAAUCGGCUUCAGACCGACCACGUGUGCCUUGAAAACUGCGUCCUGAAGGACAGGGCCAUCGCAGGCACUGUGAAGGUGCAGAACCUCGCCUUUGAGAAGACGGUGAAAAUCAGGAUGACAUUUGACACUUGGAAGAGCUUCACAGACUUUCCCUGCCAGUAUGUGAAGGACACUUAUGCCGGUUCAGACAGGGACACGUUCUCCUUUGACAUUAGCUUACCCGAGAAAAUCCAGUCCUAUGAAAGAAUGGAGUUCGCCGUGUGCUAUGAGUGCAGUGGACAGACAUACUGGGACAGCAACAAAGGCAAAAACUAUCGGAUCAUCCGGGCUGAACUGAAAUCCACUCAGGGAACAGCUGAGCUACCGAAUGGUCCAGAUUUUGGAAUAUCCUUUGACCAGUUCGGAAGCCCUCGGUGUUCCUAUGGUCUGUUUCCAGAGUGGCCUAGUUAUUUAGGAUACGAAAAGCUAGGGCCCUACUAUUAGUGACUGCACAUGACAGAGCCUGGCUGAGUGGGUGCAGACAAGCCUAAAAGCAGUCGCCGUGGGAUGGAGAUGGAAGCCAAGAGAAAAGUUGAACUGCCAUUAGGCACAGCUUUUGAAAAGAAAGGAUCCUAUUCACUUUUUUCGUAAACCAGCAAAACCAGCCAGGUUUAGAUCACAGAACCGGUUUCACACUCAGAGUGGAUGUGGUGUGCUGGCUGUUUGGCACCCGUGGCUGUCACGAGGGGCUGAGCAGGAUGUGCGGGAUAGGGUCUGGACAGGAACCAGGCCUGCAGGCGGUGCUGGCAAAGCUGGAGGAUGAUGUCUUAACAGGGCAACCCGGAGCGUGCCAGGCGGCCCGGAGGAGCCACUCCUCUCCCCUCGGAUGCGGAAAGUCAGUCACCUCAAAGUCACUCCGUCCCCAGCCACCUCCCACUGGAUCCUCGCCGUGCAUCUUCGGGUGUUCUCCACCCGGCCAGGCCCUUCCUGCCUCAUGCUGCUGUUCCACACCUACACGUCCAUCACACUUUAUCUCUGUGCUUUAUUUUGCAUCGUUUGCUUCCACAGUUCAUCUGAUGUUCAGGAAAAGAUAGUAAUGGCAAAUGAGCCUGGGACUGAGACAGGCAUUUCCGCUUUCUGACCCCACGUGUAUGUUCCAGCACAAACACACGCCACUUAUCAACCGUAACUGGCUCCUGUGUGGUGUUACAGAUUGCAGGCUCAUGACAACGCGGGACAGCCACGAAGGGAACACUUCUGGCUUCUCCUCUUGGCUUUUUGGGGAGCUUUCUAAGUACUCCUACUCUGAGUCACCAGACGGCUCAAUUACAAGAUUUGUGUUAACUUGCUCCGCGGGUUUGCGGCAUCUCGUUCUUCACAAAAGGAAUUUAGAAUUGCCUUUCCUGGAGAGUCGUCUGUGACGCUGUGUGCAGGACAUUUUGAUUUGCAGUUCCAGUAUAUCCUCAAAGACUCCAGAAGAUGUUUUCUUUUAUCUUGACUGUGAUUUUCAAUAUCCAGGACACUUUACGAGGCACCCUGGGAGUUUGAACUUGGGUGUUCUUAUUUAUGGUGUGUGAGUAUGUCGGGCUAGGGGAGAAAAACCUCACCAAGUUCUCAUAGUUUAUUUUCCGUGUUUGCCAACUCUGAAAUAUCAGAGAUUAAUUGUUCUCAACCAUAUUGGACUAAAGAAUUAAAAGUCUGUUGGUUCAUACUGUUGUGAGGCUCCUGGAACUGUGAUUUUUCUUGGGCAAGAUUGGUUGUACUUGGGGGUGUUUAAAAAAUAUUUUUCCAUGUGUAUUUGUAGAAAGGUUGGGUUUUUUCUGUGUUGUUUUGUUUUUGGAGCUCAAACAACCGUCUCAUUUUCCUUCUGCCCGGUCUUACUAAAGUGAGGUUUUCCUAAGGGAGGCAGGAGGAGAAAUGCACAGCUGCCUGGAUUUGGGGCACAGCUCCUGGACUCAGCAAGCAGUUUCACUUGCAUUUUCCAGAUCAGUUAAAAAAUCAGUGUCGGGCAGGUAUGAAGUGUCUUGGCUCCUAGAGUUUUGUGGUGGGUUUUCUUUUUUCCUUUUUUGAACUUAAAAGUGUUUUGACUUUGUAAAUGCUCUUAAGUGGUGUUCAAUGUAAUUCUUGUUCCUAAAAUUGGCUGUCACUCGUCUGCAACCUAGUGCUUUAUUUUUUAUGCCUCUCCCAGGUGGAUGGCACUCGGGGAUUACAUGAUGAUAUCAUUUACGGGAAAAUCACAUUUUUACCUGAAAUUGGGCAGAACUGUGUUUUAUCUGAGCAUAUCUUACCCAUCAGGUACACAACCAAUACUUUCAUUGUUACAAAUCUGGUUUAUUAAUAGUGGAAAUCUAAGUGGAAUGGAAGCAAAACUGAUUUUAUACAGGUCAUGAAUUUAUUUUCUUUUAAGAAGGCCCCUCCCUCCUCCUGAAGUUCAGAAAAGGUGUAAGGUGCACUGUCAUUUGCAUGUUACUGGACUGAAGGUAACCAGAUCAUUCUAUGUUCAUAAGAGAAAAGCCUUGAGUGACUCCUGUUGGUUUUUCAGUAAUAGUGAUCUUAAGACAUUCCGUGUCAAAAUUUGAAAUAUGGUGAUUCAGUGAUAAGUGUCUCUUUUAAAACACCAUACACCCUCCCUGCUACCCUUCUUCACUCCAGCUCACCCCAGCUUUUUUGCUGGGGGCACUGGUUGCCAGCCCCCCACCAGUGCACCUGGGCUGCUUACCCACCCCCAAACCCCACCCCAAGAAAGCCCUCACCUGCUUGCAAAGACCCUUCAUGACUGAAGAAUCUGCUUGCCCAGCUUCCCCGUCGGCAUUGUCGUUCAGUGACGUGGCAGCAUCUGAAGAAUACUGUCUUCUCUUUACCCAUCAGUUUUUCUCCUUUGGGCCCAGCUCUGUCCCAGGAUAUCAACAGAUGACCUCAGGAACCGCUUCAAUGGGACCUCUCCUUAUUUCAUAGCUCCCCGCACCACAGAGAGUGACAGCUUUCUUAGUUGGAGACUUCACUGCAGCCUGACUUGUAGGUUGGACCCUCAGACAGCUCUUGGCUAUGAUGACAAACGGCCCCCCCAUCCCAAUGUCCUUCCCAAAUUGCCCCAGAAAGACCAGCCUCCUGCCACUGGUGCCGUUGUCCAGGAAUGGGGAAGCAGCUCCAUUUUUGUUUCAUAUUUAUUCCCCCAAAUGCCCUGGGGGGCAUUUGCAAAUUAGGUGCAAUAAAUAGGCUUGAACAUAUAAAGAUAUAUAAUAAAUAAGCUUUUAAGGUUUCUUGGAAGAUAUGGAACAUUUGAGUGGGUUUUUUUUUUUAAGUAUUCUUGUAGGGGAGCUGGUGAGAAAUAAUGGAGUUACAUAGUUCUCCAGAAAUUGACAAUUUUAGAGUCACGGUAGAAUUUAUUUUAUCUCUUAAGAUUUAAUUUUAAUGGUGGCAAAGCAUUACUCUUUCAAUAUGUUUUUUUAAAGGUGUAAAUUUCAAACUGCUAAAAGAAUGCUGUGGUUUUGAUCUUUGCAUAUAAGUUGCUUUUUAAAAACAAGCAUAACUUGUAGUCACCUGGACGUUAAAUGGGUUGUAUCUGUAUAUGUUUAUAAACCAAAAAAGUGUGUGUUCGCUCACUUUUUAGAUGGGCCCGUUUUCUGGGUCUUCUCUCUCAAAGGACAGUGAAUGAAAACCUUGGUCGUCUUCCCUUUGUUUCCUCUUUUACAAUUCCUCUACCGGAUGUGGUUUGCCCGAGUAGACCUCAAGGCUCUGGGUCAAGACUCUUGGGGGGUCCCGUCUCCUGUCUCUCCUGAUAUCACUGAAAUGGGGGACAAGGAGUUACACGUGUAAUGGGAUCGUCCGAAGACGAUUUGGCAGCUUAUCUUCAAUUCCUGAAGUGGGACACCUCUGGGACUGGGAGGGAUAAGCUGUCGUUAACUGUUAACUAACGGCAGCUUUCCUUCUUGAGGUUGUAAGACAUCACAGCCCAAGUUGUAAAGCUGUGAACGUUUUGAUGGUUUUGUUUAUCAGUUCCUAGAAUCUGCGAGGACGCCAAGAAUGCGGCUGUGAUGACGUAGUUUCCCUUUUAUGAAUGUAGAACCGAAACGUCGUCCUCAUUCGAUGUCUAAAAGUGCCUUGUCAAGAAAUUUCUGCGUUUUAAAAAAUAAAUAUUUUUGUACACAAGGGGAAAUGCACUUUAAAAAAAUCACAAGAAUGGAUGUAUUUUGUGUGGUAUAAGAGUGGUUUGUAUCUCAAACGCAAAAAUGUAAUAAAGGUAGAGAAGGCAAAACUGAAA